AUGAAUGACAGCUCUCUAGCACUAGAUGAUCUUCUCAAACACUGCUGUCUCGGCGCUCAAGUUGAUUCGAAUGAACGUUUCGACCCGCCGCGAUGCGACCCGGAAACACGUCUCCAAAUCAUGCAGGAUAUCAUGGAUUGGAUCACAAACGACAGCCAAGAAGCGUCCAUCUUGGUGCUUCACGGCUCCGCUGGAGCUGGGAAAUCUGCCCUCGAGCAGACGAUUGCCCAACGAUGCCAGCAAGAAGGAUGCCUCGCCUCGACCUUCUUCCUUUCCCGAACUGCCGUGAAUGCGAGGCGCAGUAAUGGAAACACCGUCAUCCCUAUGUUGGUGUACCAACACAUCCAGGUGUUCCCGUGGCUGAAGGAACAAGUGCUGGAGGAGAUUAGAAUGGACCCCGGCGUCUUUGAGCGGUCGCGCGAGGUCCAGCUGGAUCGCCUGUUCGUCAAGCACUUUAAAGCUCCUCCAGUUCUUUCGAGCGACACUAAGUUGAGGCUCAUCUCGAUCGACGGUCUUGAUGAAUGCGACGACCGCCAUGUCCAGCAGGACCUCCUCCGAAUCAUAGCUGCCACUCUCACUCGUCUCCAAUACCCCUUCCACUUUUUUAUCUCAUGUCGACCAGAAUCCCACCUGAUGCGGGUUAUCAAUGGCGAUCCCCUCUUUCAGGACAACCGCGUUUAUCUCGUUGACCUUGGCGACGAUGCACAAGUGAAUGCAGAUAUCCGCCUCUUUCUCUCCAACCGAUUUCGGAGGAUUCGAGAGACUCAUCCGGUACGGCAUUUUCUUCCCCAAUCUUGGCCCGGCGAGAGUGUCAUCAACAGGCUUGUUGCGAAUGCUUCAGGGCAGUUCAUCUAUGCAGAUACGGUCAUGAGGUUCCUCGAAUCCCUCAGCCACAGCCCCGAGGAACAGCUCAAUAUCAUGCUGGCCUUUGCACCGCCUCGCGAGAAUGAAAACCCUUUCGCCCAGUUAGAUGCCUUGUAUACGCACAUCUUUUCACUCGUGAAGGAUCGCGACACUGUAUGGCGUGUUCUUGGGGUCAUCCACCUCGCGGCCCAGGUCCAGAUUUUUGAAAUCACCAAGAUGGACGAAGCAGCCAUCGCGUGUCCGGCAUUUCUUGAAAGAGUGUUUAGGUGUCGUAGAGGCGCUGUCCGCCUAGCCUUGGGCGAAUUGCCGUCGGUGAUAAGCGUCAUCUCAGACGACACCUCAGUCAAGGUGCUCCAUGCCUCUCUUUUUGAUUUCCUCUUGGAUCCGACGCGUUCUGGAGCUUACACACUCGAUCUCGCCCUUGCACACAAAGCUCUUGCUAUGUGGAGAUACAGAGAUAUAAAUUUCCAAGGUAUUUAUCAUCGUAAUGCACUUUGGUUUAAGCUUCUCUAA